AAUUUAAAAACAAAAACCACUCUUCAAGUUAAAAUCUUCCCCUCAAUCUUUUAUGAUAUUUUUUGGAUUUUUUUUUGAUGUGUUUAUCUUCUGGGGUUAGAAGAUAAUCAUAUCAAGUUUCACUACGAAGGAUAAACAUGGGACUCAAGGAUCAUCUUCAUCUCAAGCUAAAGGCAUUUCGGCUGAGACGGUUUCGGAUUGGAGAUGGUGGGAACAAGAGGAGGGAGUCUCAUAGGACCAAGAGGAAGCCAUUAUGGAUGAUGCCAAUAUCACAUGGCUAUCAUGUUGUUGAGGAUCAUCAGUCAUUUAGGAGUGGCCGCGGUGGCUUAGAUGAAGUGGAUUCGGUUGUGGUGCAGAGAGAGCAAAUUGGAGAGCUUGAGCUGUGGUUGUUCGGAGUUUUUGAUGGCCGGAUUCGAGAUGGAAUCACCAAAUACAUUCAGUCCCAUCUGUUUGAUAAAAUUGUCAAAGAGUCUCAGUUUAAGAUAAAGAGCAAAGAGAUAAUGAGGAAGGCAUAUCUUGGUGCAAGGGCAAAGGUGAGGGAGGCACAGGAAGGGGAUGAGGCAUGUAAAGUGGGUUCUGCAUCUGUGAUGGUGAUCAAUGGAGAAAAACUUGUGAUGGCUAACAUGGGGGACUACAGGGCAGUUGUGUGCAGAGAUGGAGUGGCCCAUCAGAUCAGCACUAACAAACUCCACCAAUCAUCAAAAAGACAUUGGAUUCACAAAUUCUUUACAGUACGCAUGUUAGCAUGCGAUUCAGGUAAUGCAGAACUCACCAAGCACACCAAAAGCUCAGAACUUCUUGUUGCUACUGAAAAGGUCGACUCUGACACUGAAUUCGUUGUCAUAGCAAGCUCUGGAAUAUGGAAGGUGAUGAACAAUCAGGAAGCAGUGAGUCUCAUCAGGCACAUAGAAGAUCCACAAGAAGCUGCGGAGUGUUUGACCAAGGAGGCUUCAGCCAGAAUGAGCAAAAGUUGCAUUUCCUGCGUUGUCAUCCGUUUUGACUAGUAUUGGUUUCAUCUAUUUUAUCUCUAAAUCAGCAUUCGUAUCAUGUAUUAAAAUUUGUUUUUCCUAAAUCGUUUCAUUCAUGUAUUGAUGAUGAAACAUAUUAUAUGCAAUCAAAUAUAUGCUUUCUUUCCUU